GUCACCGGCGAAGUGCAUGUGGCGAUAAACUAGGGCCACUAAAUCGAUAAUUCUUGUCUCUUUGUGGCAGUCUGUCACUUUCUUACCCCCUGGCGUCGAAUCCGAGGCACCCCAGCGUAUCAUGGAGUCCGCUUUUACGUUGAUAACGUUGCUGGUUGUUUUUGUAGCACAUGUUCUGUGUGGAGAGCUGACGUUUGAACUCCCUGAUAAUGAACGAGAAUGUUUUUUCGAGCACAUAGAAAAGGGUAUCCAGUGUACAUUGGAGUUUCAGGUAAUAACCGGGGGUAACUAUGACGUUGACAUGGACCUGUCCGGACCUAACGGUCAAAUCCUAUACAAGGACAUGAAGAAGCAGUAUGACACAUUUACGUGGACCACAGACCAGACAGGCGUCUACAAGUUCUGCUUCAGCAACGAAUUCUCCACCUUCACCCACAAAGUGGUGUACUUCGAUUUCCAGGCUGGGGACGACCCCCCGCUGGUGCCAGAGAUGGCUGGACGCGAUACUGCCAUGACACAGAUGGAGAUGGCAUCCCAGUCCAUCCACGAAGCCCUGACGAAAGUCCUGGACUACGGCACGCACUUCCGGCUGCGGGAGGCUCAGGGGCGAGUCUUUGCCGAGGACUUGAACGAGCGGGUGAUGAUCUGGUCAAUCGGCGAGUCCAUCAUUAUCCUGUUGAUUGGAAUUGGUCAGGUUUUGGUGCUACGAAGCUUUUUCACGGACAAACGCUCUCAGCCUGUCAAGACGUGAGGCUGGUGGAUUAGUUAGGCUUAGUUCUGUUUUAUCAUUGGGGAGGUCACACUGAACAGG